CAGCCCUGCCCGGGCCUGCAGCCCCUGUGCCAAGCAAGGGGGGGCAGAGGGGAUGUCCGGCUCAGCCGGUCAGCUGCUGGCCCAGUCGCCUCUCCCAUGGGGGACCCCAGCCUCCUGUGCCACCCACCCCCCGAGGGCUGCUGCUUGGAGCUCCACGAGACGGUGGCCGUCCUGCUGGCCUUGAUCCUGGUGGUGCAACUGGCCCUCAAGCUGGCCACCGUGAUCUGCUAUUACCUUUGCUGCUUUGUGAGGAACCUGUGUGGACGUCAGCCCACUGCCAAAGAAGCUGAAAAAUCUCCGGUUCUCGUCCGCCCAGUGAAGAAAGUUUACCCCCGAAAGCCAUCGAUACAAUUCUCCGAAGAUGAUCCCCCGCGACGCCGACGCAGCCGAUCGCCGCAACGACGCUGUCUCCAGUGUACCCUGGAGCCGGUCAAGGUCACCAUGAACUUGGAAAAUGGGCACUUCCGAUGCAGGGAACACCAUCACCGACACUUGUAUCCCGAUUAUCCGCCAUGCAGCUCACCCCAUUAUUACAACUGCGAAUGUGACAUCCGGCCUCGGCCCCGCACCUCCUCAGCCCCCUCAGCCUAUCCUGCCCCCCGUUUCCGGGAUGUUGCUGUUGGGACUUCCGACCAGGUUGUUACUAUGCCUGAGGAACGGCGGAAUACCUUGGUGCCUGCCGAACCGUAUGUACGGGCCCCAGUGGGGGAGCCUCAGCGUCGCUCCAUAGCCAGCGGCCAGGAGGCAGACUAUCCUGUUUCCCGGCGUCCUGCCAGAGUGUACAUCUACCCCGUCCACCCUCAGACCCCACCGGGGAGUCGGUCGCCGAGCCCUGAAAGGGCCCACCGGCGACGGACACUCAGCCAGGAUGAACAGGCAGAGUACGAAGCGCGUGAAGCACGUGAGUCGCGCCGAGCACGGGAAUCGGAGACACCGACCCCUGCGAUGCAACAGCUGCAAGUCCCAGCCGGGGGUCCUCCUCGGUUCCAUAACGUGGUCAACACCCUCAUGCAAACAGGGACCACCCCAACCGAAGGGGGGCCAGCCAGCACAAAACGUCUGUCCCGGGCCGAGACCCCGCCUGGCUCCGAUUGGGUGUACCGCAGCAAAUAAACCUGCGAGUGCAAAGCAGGGAGAGGGAGGAAGAGGAGGAGGAAGAGGAGAAGAGAGGAAGGACAGACGUGCAGCUGUCCAAAGUGGGCGCAUCUUGGUUUGGGGAGCGAACAUUAAAGGCAAAUCCAUCCAUCCCAU